AUGACAGUAAAUGAUCCAGCAGAGACCCUUUCCUCCAUGUUUGCGCCAAUGAUGAGAUCAGAUGCUGCUACAGAUGUCUUAGGAGCUUUACGAAGAUUCAAAAUGCCUACUGGCAUUAUAGAGGUUUAUAGUAACAAGGAUUUUUAUAGUGACGGUAAUUGUGACGGUAAUGGUUACAUUGACGAUAAUGGUAAUUAUGACGGUGACAGUAACGCUAACGCUAACGGUGAUAGUGACAAUGACGGUGGCGAGAACGAUCAUGAUCACGGUUAUGGUAAUGGUGACGGUAACGAUAACGAUAACGAUAACAGUCAUGGAAACAGUGACGGUUAUGGUUACUAUGACGGUAAUGGCAAUGGUAUCGGUGAUGGUAACAAUAACACAAAGAGUAACGGUAAAGGUAAUGGUAAAAGUAUCGGUAACGGUAACGCUAACAAUAUCAAAAACGGUAAUAGGGACGGUGAUAGUAACGGUGACUGUAACGAUAAUAGUAACGAUGAAGGUGACAGUAACAGUAUUGGUAAUGGUGACAGUAGCGGUUACGAUAACGGUAAUAGUGAUGGUAAUGGUGACAGAAAUGAUGACGGUAACGGUGACAAUAACGAUGACGGUAAUGGUGAGGAUAAAGAUGACGAUAAUAGUGACGAUAACAAUGAUGGUAACAGUGACAAUAACGAUGACAGUGAUGGUAACAAUGACGGUAAAGGUGAUGGUAACGGUAAUGAUGACAGUAACCUUUACAAUAAUGGUCAAGGUGAUGGUGAUUACAACGACAAUAGUAAUAGUAACGGUGACGGUGACCGUAACGAUAAUGGUAAGGUUGAUGGUGACAAUGACGGAAACGAUGACAGUAGUGGUAUCACAUAUUGUAACAGUGACGGUAACCAUAAUGGUAACGAUAAUGGUGACAUUGAUUGUAACAUUGACGGUAACGUUGACAGUAUCAGUAACGAUGAAGGUAAUGGUAACGAUGACUGUAAUGCUUACAAUGACAGUGAUGGUGACAAUAAUAGUAACGAUGACAAUAACGGCAACGGUAACUGUAACGGUGACGAUGAUGGUAACAAUGACAGUAACGAUGACAUGGUAACGGUGACGGUAAUGGUGACAGUAAUGGUCACAAUGACGAUAACGAUGACAGUGACGGUAAUGGUCAUGAUUAUGGUAAUGAUAGCGGUGACAAUAAUGGUCAUGAUGAUGGUAACAAUGACGGUGACAGUAACGGUAACGGUGAUAGUGACGGUGACGGUAACAAUAAUGCAAACAGUAACAAUAAAGGUAAUGGGUGAUAGUGACGGGACGGGGACGGGAACGGUGACAGUUAUUCUAACUAUAACGGUGAUGGUUAUCGUAACGGUAACGGUAACUGUGACGAUGACGGUAACGGUGACCGUAAAAGUAUCGGUAACGGUGACAAUAACGAAAACAGUGGUGACGAUGACUUUAACGGUGAAGGUAACAGUGACUGUAACGGUGACGAUAACAGUGAUGAUAACGGUGGCAGUGACGGUGAUGAUCACGUGA